GGGGGGUGGGAGUUUCGCUUUGGCAUUGCCCGUUCACAGCUCAGCAACCAUGCAGGUCGUCGUGGAUGAGUCCAAGGAAACAAUCUACAAGAUCAUCAUGAUCGGAAGUGCCGGAGUCGGCAAGACUAACCUGAUUGCGGUCGGGGCGAGGGGGCAGUCGUACAACGAAAAGAGCCCCGCUACGCUGAACCCCGAGUUUGCCACAGUCAAAAUCAAACGACCCGACUGGAAGGCUGGUCAGGCACACCCGUACAUCACGGCUCACAUCUGGGACACUGCGGGGCAAGAACGAUACCAGGCGAUUUCGACCUCCCAUUACCGCCGCGUCAACGGCGCGAUUCUUGUGUACGACGUGACGAAUAAGAACACGUUCAAGGAGGUAUAUCCUGGCGUCACGAGCGGUGGGUUGUCAUGGCUGCGCGCACUGAAGCAAAACUCGGACCCGGAUCUGCUGGGCGGCGUCAUGUUGGUUGAAAACAAAACCGACAAAAUCGAUAAAGACCAACCGCGCCCUCCUGCGUAUGUUCAGGAGAGCGAAGUGACCAAACUGCUCAUGGAUGUGGUUUACCGUGAUCCUGUCGAAGGCGUGGGCUGGCUGCACGACGGCAAUCCCGACAAGGUCAACCCGUUUCGAUUGGCGAACUCGAUGCUGUACGCGCGAGCAUCGGCGCUCACGAACGAGUGCGAGCUUUUUGAAAUGAACGAAGUCAAAGUGGCGACCGUGAACGAAAUAUUCCACAAGCACUCGGACGUGAUGGCGUACGAAAGGACGGAUUCUGUGACGACGGUCACUAAGGCGAUCGAAGCCCUCGUCCUUCGAAUAUACGAACGCUCCAAGGACAUGCACGCGGGCGGAACCAAAGUCAAAGGCAAGCCGUUCAAGCUUGUCAAGGCGCCUGUCGUCGCUCCCACGACUGCGGAUCAAUGCUGCUAAGUUUGUUGCGGUGCUACUUGGCUCUGUAUGCUGACCGAGCAGCGCCAAUCGCAUGGUUAAAUUUCACACCUGUGAGAAGUCUUCAUCUUCCGGAUA